AUUGUCUCUACUACAAGAACUUCCCAACACACACCACAACUCAUCUUCUCUUCAUCACUGCGACACACCGAGUAGUAGUCUGAGAGCUGAAAACAAGCGGCCAUGUGUGACUCAACUCUACAGCAUGUGCUCUGCAGAUUUCCUGACAGUGAUCUGUUUCUUCGCGCUGACGUUUUGUCACGCACGCAGACAGAAAUCACAGUGAAAAAUCCGACGACGGGCGACGUCACUAGCUUCUCGUCCUCUAAAGCAGGAGACCUGCAGUUUGCUGCAAACAGUGUUGAUGUGGUGUACGAUGUCGUGCCUACUGGCAAACUCGUCAACAUUGGCUGUCCUGUUCUCGUGCCUGCAGGAUAUGAGAAUGAUGUGGACGAUGGUUGCUUUACUCAGUGUUACAUUGUCGACAAGUUGUACAAACCUCUACGAGCUAAAGUUCGGUAUUCGAAUGGCACGACUGCUUGGAUCGAUAAAGAGAGCUUGCGAGUUAUGCAGUCACCUUGGAUCUAUUGGGAUUCGGGUGAUUCAACUGAUGUGUCAGUUAAUAAGCUACUCGAACUGUUGCAAAGCAAGAAGACAAAACGAGCAGCAAAAUUGAAGAAACCUGCGUACAAGAAAGGAGAGAUCGUGCGUCUUCCUCAUGGUGUUCUGAAGAAGUAUAAUGGAAAGCAGUGGCGUCGGCUCUGCAUUCAGCCGGGAUGCAUGAAGGAAAGCCAACGAAAAGGCUUGUGUGCACUCCAUCUUGGAGGCAGACCUCGUGCUAAGAAACCAUUAGAACCAGCAAAUACUCUAGAAGUACCAUCGAGGUCAGACAUCUUGUUCGACCUUAUGGGGAGGAAUGAAGCUGAGAUAUCUGCUGCCAACAGCUUGCUACAGAUGCACCACAGUCCCAUAACAACGUGUAAGCAAACAACGUUUAUUUGGCCAUGCCAGGGACUGUUCUCCGAUUCUUUCAUUUUCAACUACAAAGACAUCCAGUUGCUGCCUCAGCGGAUGCCAGCGAUUGCAGCUGUUUGAUGGCCUAGUCCUGCAACAAACUCUUAUUAGAGUUAAUGAUUGAGAUAAAAGUCUAACAGACUAUAGGAACCAUGUUGUAUAAUAUUUUGUUGUUUUAGUGUGCAGUGUUGGUGCUUUGCACCAUUUAGUAUUACCUGAAGGUUCUUCAUGUUUUGAGCAGAAGUUAUAUGCUUUGUACUUUCUGGUAAUUUACAUAAAAUUGUGUUUUAAUUAACACCUAAAUGUAUGAUUUGCAGAUGUUACCAAUGAUAUGGAUGCCUAACUUGCUAUA